GGAUUUCUAAGAUUUUUUCUUUAGAUCAUUUUGUUCUUCUACAGUUCUUUGGCUGUGAAUGUUUUUAAAGUUUCAGGCAUCUCAGAUAGCAAAUUGUCUGGCAUGGAAGUGGUGGUUUCGAUUAUUGGCUCAGUACUGACAGAAACUGGCCGGCUUCUAUGUGGCUCUAUCUAUCCCAAGAUAAAGAACACUCUGAAAUUCCAAUCAAACCUUGAUGUUUUGGAAAAGGAGAUGAAACCCCUGCUGGCCCUAGGAGAAGGAGUAAAAAAUGAAACGGAAUUAGCCAGGAAAGAAGGAAAAGUAAUGAGAACUCAAGUCAUAGAAUGGCUUAAGGACGUUGAAGAGCUUCAGCUUAAAGUCAACCAGAUUCAAGCAGUAAAGCUUUCUCGACGGUCCUUAAAUUUCAGUAAACGGUAUAGAAUAAGCAGAGAAGUGGCAGAAAAGCUCAAAGAAAUAGAAAGGCUCUUAAAAGAUGGGAGUUCACAUUCUGGUGCUGUGGCUGUCAAUCAUUCAAUUCCCAGAGUAGUGGAGCACGUUCCUGGACCAACAAUUCAAGAUCAAACAACAUCAUCAAAAACUUUAGCCAAAACUAUGACUUUAUUAUCUGAUGAUGGAGUCCGGAGGAUCGGUAUUUGGGGAAUGGGGGGAGUGGGCAAGACUACUUUGGUAAGAAACUUGAACAAUAAGCUCAAGAAUAUUUCUUCAAUGCAGCCUUUUGGCAUCGUCAUAUGGGUUACUGUUUCCAAGAAUUUGGACAUGAAAAAGGUCCAGACACAAAUAGCUCAAAGAUUGAAUUUGGAGGCGAAAAUGGAAGAAAGCCUAGAGCGAAUGGCUAUUCGACUUUAUCAAAGACUCGAGGAGGAAGAAAAAUUUCUACUCAUUCUAGAUGAUGUUUGGGAGAAAAUUGAUUUGGACAGUUUGGGUGUCCCACAACCUGAAGUUCAUAAAGGUUCUAAGAUCAUAUUAACAUCUCGAUUUUUGGAUGUUUGUAGGGACAUGAUGACGGAUGAUCAAAUUAAAGUGGAUGUUUUAAAUGAUGAAGAAGCUUGGCAAUUGUUUAGCAGAAAUGCAGGGAAUGUGGUUACUUCUGAAUAUAUCAGACCAUUUGCAGAAGCAAUUGCUAAAAGAUGUUGUGGAUUGCCUUUGGCCAUCAUCACCAUGGGAACUGCUAUGAGAGGAAAGACAAUAGUCGAGCUGUGGAAGCAUGCCUUAAACGAGUUGCAAAGGUCAGUGCCUUGUACAGGAGGUGUCGAGGAUAAGCUCUAUAAGCCUUUGAAGUGGAGUUACGACUCAUUAGAAGGUAAAAACAUAAAACCUUGUUUCCUCUACUGAUCUUUGUUUCCUGAGGACUUCUCAAUUGAAAUAAGUGAACUAGUACAAUACUGGGUCGUAGAAGGUUUGAUAGAUGAACAAGAAAACUAUGAGGAUUCAAUCAAUAGAGGAAUUGCUUUGAUUGAAAAUCUGAAGGACUCUUGUUUGUUGGAAGAUGGUGCCUGCAAGGACACAGUAAAAAUGCAUGACGUUGUUCGUGAUGUUGCUAUAUGGAUUGCGUUGUCGUCUGUGGAUGGAUGUAAAUCCCUUGUUCGUUCAGGGAUUGGCUUGAGCGAUAUUUCGGUUGUCGAGUUAUCAAAUUCUCCCAAAAGAGUUUCAUUCAUGAAUAACAAGAUAAUAAGGCUUCCAGAUUGUGUGGUACAAUGUUCAGAGGCCUCCACUUUGCUACUACAAGGUAAUCCUUCCCUUGAUAGAGUUCCUGAGAGAUUCUUGCAAGGAUUUGAAGCACUCAGGAUCCUCAAUAUGAGUGGAACCCGCAUCCACUCAUUGCCUCUUCCUCUACUUCAACUUGGUGAACUUCGUGCUCUUCUUUUAGGGGGUUGCUUCGAUCUUGAAGAGUUACCCCCAUUGGAAGGGCUUAGUAGACUUCAAGUGCUUGACCUCUCAGCCACUCGUAUUAGAGAAUUGCCAAGAGGGAUGGAAAACUUGAGCAACUUGAAACAACUGAACCUAUCCCGCACACACUACUUAAAAACCAUUCAAGCUGGAAUUAUAUCUCAGUUGUCUUGUUUAGAGGUUUUGGAUAUGACACUCAAUGGUUAUCAUUUGAGUGUGAAGGGAGAGAUAGAAGAGGAACAUGCUUCUUUUGAAGAGCUCGGAUACCUUGGGCAGCUACUUGUCUUAUCUAUCAGAUUGGAGAGGAUUCCAUGUCUCAGCUUUGAAGAUCUUUCCUGGAUAAAUAGAUUAAGGAAAUUCCAAGUUUUCAUUGGCCCAAUAGCAAACUCCUUACCAACUAGACAUGACGAAAGGAGGGUGACUAUCAGUGGUGUGACGUCUCACAUCGCCUGGGAAUGAGGAUGUGCUUAUAUGUAUAAAUGCAUCAUUUAUGACACAACGCGUUUUAAAGCCGUGAUGGUUAUGAACCUAUCAAAACUUCGCAGUUAAGCGUGCUUCUGCGAGAGUAAUCCCAGGAUGGGUGACCUCCUGGGAAGUCUGGUUCGGGGAGCUAAAGCGGACAAUAUUGUGUCAUUAGGGGUGAGUCGUUACAAAUGGUAUCAGAGCCAUUGCCCAGCCUGAGAUGGUGGGAGCGUGCACAAGCCCCAUGAGGGACGCCAGCGGGGACGCUGGGUCCAAAGAUGGGGUGAUUGCGACGUCCCACAUCGCCUGUGAAUGAGGAUGUGCUUAUAUGUAUAAAUGCACCAUUUAUGACACAACGCGUUUUAAAGCUGUGAUGGUUAUGAACCUAUCAGAACUCCGCAGUUAAGCGUGCUUCUGCGAGAGUAAUCCUAGGAUGGGUGAUCU